AUGGCUAACAAAAAUCGACGACCUUCCGAUGGAGAGAAAAACCUUCCCGAGAUGGAGGCGAAUUCGGAAAUACUGUGUGUGGUCUGUUUCAAACCUAUUGUUUAUUUUGCGAUUGGCGAAUGCGACCAUGUUUGUUGCUACGAGUGCUCUACGCGAAUUCGAGUUCUGUGUCAGCAAAAUGAUUGCCCCAUCUGUCGCAGAGACUUAGCAAAGGUAAUCUUUUCAAAAACGCUCUUGCCUUACCAGCAACUGGAUAUAAAAAACCGUUCUGGACUAUAUGAUAAAAAAUAUCGAAUCUGCUUCACCGAGCAACAAGUCCAACAAGCGUUUUUCCAACUUUUAGAUAACAAAUGCCCCCGGUGUGACCAAAGCAACUUUCCCAAAUUCGAGAUGCUGCGGGAACACGUACGAAAGAAGCAUGAGCUCUUUUAUUGUGACAUUUGCACUCAACAUCUGAAGGUGUUUUCAUCGGAACGGCGUUGUUACAAUCGGCAAGAUCUAGCUAUGCACCGGCGCAAAGGCGAUCCGGAUAAGAUUGGUCAUAGAGGACAUCCCUUAUGUGAAUAUUGCGACACACGGUUUUUAGAUAAAGAUGAGCUGUUUCGUCAUCUUAGAAAGGAUCACUUUUUUUGUCACUACUGUGAUGCCGAUGGACGCAAUUAUUUCUAUGGCGAUUAUGUUUCAUUGCGGGAACAUUUUCGGACCGAUCACUUCCUCUGUGAAGAAGGAGAAUGUGAACAAGAGCAGUUUACAUCUGUUUUUCGUUCUGAAAUUGAUUUACGUGCACAUCGCGCCUCGAUGCAUGGCAAAUCGAUGAAUCGACUAGCAAACAAACAGACUCGCACGUUAGAACUUGAGUUUACCUAUGCCCCACGGCAUGGAGCAACAGUUGCUCCUGGUGGCGGUGGUUCCUUCGGAGCUCCGAUCGCUGUAAGCUCGUCCGGUGGUGGUGGAGGUGGAGGCGGACCAUCUAACCGCGGACGUGGAGGACGUGGAAAUGGCAACGCACCACGUGGUGGGGGCGCCAUGCUAGAAGGCCAUCAACGGCGGGACUUAGAUGGAUAUGAAGCAAUGAAUGAUCAACAAGUGCCGCAACAUCCGAGAAAAGAAAUUGAUGCAACAAACGAAGAAGAUUUCCCUUCACUGGCAGGAUCGACACCCAAUCCAGUUUUCCGUCCGAAUAAUGUGUCCAUACGACAACAACGCGUGUACGGAGCAGCAGGUCUUGCACGUACUAAAGAAAAUUUUCCUGCUCUCGGAUCAAGCGGAGGCGAGUGCACAACCGGACCGACGAGUCUGAAUGAAGGCUUCAGCAGCAAGAUCACUGCUAGUUCUCUUCUAAAGAGCAGCCAACAAUCAAGUGGUGCAGGAACAACGAGCAUGAUGAUACAUGUUUCCAAUCGGCCUUCGUCGGCGAGCUCCUCGGGGACGGGAAAAUCAAACAACGUCUCUGUUAUGGGGAAAAAGAAAUCCUCCGAUUUUCCCGCCCUACCUUCUGGAUCAGGGGAUCGUAAGGGAUCGAGCGUAUCGGUUAGUAACACCAGAAAGUUGACAUCAGAUAAUGGAGGAAUAAACGAUGCAGACGAUCGAUCCAGUGGUGGUGCGGCGAUGGUUAAUUUAAAUGCGAUUUCUGCCAAACACCGUGCGCUAGUGGACGAUUAUGUAUCCUUGUCCAGUGUGGUAUCAAAAGUUAAAACUAUUCCGUCAACCGUUGUUAAAGUUGCCGCGACUACACAAGCUGCGGUUCCUAGUGUAAACUCUACCAAGGCGUUUCCUUCCCUUGGCGAGACGGGUAGCAAAACUGCCGCCUCUGUGCCUAUGACAAAGUCUACUCCUUGGGCACAGCAAGGCGCAAAACAAUCGAACGUGUUAGGUUCCUCGAAUGCAUCCAGUGCCGUUUCCGGUUCCGCCAUUUCAGGUGGAAUUCAAGCAACCAGCAAAAAGAAACCGACGCCGGCACCGAAUUUGAAAAAUGACGCCGGUUUUGUAAACCUAAACGCUCUUACAGGUAAAAAAUCUGGCGAAAAAAACAAACGAAAAGACUCGUCCCCUCCGCAUGCCGGCGCAUCCAAUCAUUCAACAGAUUCGCGUAAUAACAACGGCGGGGGAGAAUCUUCAGCAAAAGCCAGUUCCGGAAAGGAACAUAGCAGCAAAGAGCAACAUCAUCAAACCAAGCAGCUCCAGGGAAAAUCCAGUGCACAUGUUGCGAUAGCUACCAACAGUGCAGCAUUGCAUACAAGUCAAGCGAAUAACAACGCAACGGUGCCUGCUUACGGCAAUUCAGUUUCCGUAAUAGGCAGCGGCGGUAGCAAUCGCCACAAUGGUACACAGUUUAAAAGUCCAGUUUCUUCCGCUGGUCCCAAACGUACUCCACCCGGGUUUGAAAAUGUGAAUUUAAAAACAAAAUCUGCUGGACCACCUCCCGGCUUCUCGGCUGCUAAUGUCACGCUAACGGCAGUGGCGCGCAACGUGAACAAUAUGACCUUUAUAAAUUCUAUUGGUGAAACGUAUGACGUAUUGCCAUUGCAUAGCUAUGUUGCCCCACCGAACGCGAGCAAAAGAAAUCAAAUUCUUGUGACACACUUUCAAAAAGCAUUGCAAAGCCAAGAAGCCUUGCUGGAAUUCAAAACAAUAUCGCAAAUGUUUCGCGAUGACCAGUACAACGCCUCUGCAUACUAUGAUCAUUGUAAGGCAGCGCUAGGGGACCGUUUUCAUGAGAUUUUCCCCGAAUUGAUUGCUCUAUUACCGAACAUUUUAAAGCAACAGGAGCUUUAUUUGGUUUAUUGUCAAGAUGAAAAAACCAGGCCUAAAUCGUCUGCGAAAGGGAAAGCUGCUGUUGUUUCAACGCUAGAAGUAUGCCAGGUUUGUAAGCAAGUGCUUACCCAAGAGGAUUUGACACAACACUAUCAAACGCAUUACUUGGAGAACAAUUUUCCAAAGCUGGGUGUCCAUCCCCCAUACACCGUUGUAGAUGAACCAAAAAUGAAUUCAUUUGCUAAGAAAUAGGCCAAACCUACGAUA